GGCGUCCAUUCAUUAUUGUUCAUUUGUGUUCAUUAUAGCAGCGUCUACUGUGUAUUCUCCAGUGAGGCUGUGUGCAGUAUAGUAGUCAAUAAAUUGUCCUCUUAUAAUUUUACAAUAAAUAAAAUUAAUAUUAAUUUUUUCCCCCAUCCACUAAACUAAAACUAAACAAUUAUCAACGAAAAUGGCUCCCAGUGUACAAGAAGUUCCAAAGGAAAAACUAGAAACACCUCCACGGGGAAUAAAUGCUGUUUUACUUGGUCCACCCGGCAGUGGUAAAGGCACUCAGGCUCCAAUUCUGAAGGACAGGUAUUGCGUUUGCCAUUUAUCAACAGGAGAUAUGUUGAGGGCGGAAAUUAAAUCGGGAUCCGCAAUUGGAAAAAAAGUCAAGACCAUUAUGGAAGAUGGAAAAUUAGUGAGUGAUGACCUUGUGGUUGAUAUGAUUGAUAAGACAUUGGAUACACCUGAAUGCAAACGAGGCUUCCUCUUAGAUGGUUUUCCAAGAACUGUACCUCAGGCAGAAAAGUUGGAUGAAAUGCUCACUAAAAGGAAAACAAAACUAGACGCUGUCAUUGAAUUUGGAAUCGAUGAUAAUCUCCUAGUGAAAAGAAUUACUGGCAGAUUGGUGCAUCCAACAAGUGGACGAUCCUAUCAUGAAGAAUUUGCUCCACCUCGAGUCCACAUGAAAGACGACGUGACAGGCGAACCUCUAAUAAAGAGGUCAGAUGACAAUGCAGAAACUUUGAAGAAACGAUUGGCUAACUAUCAUACACAAACUCAACCUCUAGUCGACUACUAUGCUCUACAAGGAAUUCAUAAUUACGUAAAUGCAACAAAAAGUAGCGAGCAAGUAUUCCGAGAUAUUGAUAAAAUCUUUAUGAAUUCAAUUAGAAAGGACCAACCAAAAAGCUUCUUCAGCAAGCUUUUCUCUUAAUAACGCAAGUGCAUAAAAAAAAACCAAAAAAGUAUCUCCGUUCGUAAACAUCAUAGAACAAUUUUAUGUUUACGAGAAAAAAAUAGUUUCACGAGAAAAAUAAAAAUCGUGUGUUAAUCGAUGAAGUAGUGAUAUUCCAGAAGAAAUAAUUCCAGAUAGCAGUGUAAUAUUUGCUCAAUUUCAGUGCAUUGAAGAAAAAAAAAAUCUUUCAUUGAAAAUUUGGCCUCAUGACCUCUAAAAUUAAAAUCAGUUUCAAUUUCAACAGAAACAAAAAACAAUUGUCUAAAUUUAAAAACUUUAAAUAGCACAAUGGCUAGAUUUCACUGUAAAAUUUUGAACAAAUGAUAGUAGAUUAGAAUUUUAAAACAAAGAAAAAUUAUUAAUGGCACGCUUUGCUAAAUAUACAAACAAACAAAAAUAUACAAAUAAUUAUUUUGUUAGAAUCGCGUUGUACUUACAGGGAAAUUAUAUUAAUUCUUGUGAAAUAAAGAAAAACGAACUUAGCGACCUGAAAUAAAUCUUAAAAAAAGUCGAUAGAAAUUUAUUUUAGAUUUAGAA